AUAGCGCAGGCGUAGACUCGGGGGGUAUGCUUACUGUACAUGGCCAUUGAUGCCGCUGGAUAAACUAAAUCAGCUAUGUAAAUAAUAGUGACUGGGGCGGUGGAGCUAACAUGCCGAAUUCUAUCACAGCCUAACAUGAGAAAAUAAUACAUGUCAUCUGGGUUUACUUUAUCCGGUUGACAAAACCACCGCGGCCGUCCUUUUAUGCACGUCUCGGAAUUUGGCUUUGACAGCUCGCCCGAUGGUUUUCUUCAUUUGACGCACGAAUAAAAAUCAGACGACGGGCGGUUUUUCCUAAUAACCCAUUUGGGAAAAACGGGUCAUUAUGACCUUAGUAUCCCCCUCUAAAAGAAAACCAUUGGAUUGCCUUUACGCAACAGCGUUCUGCUUGCAUUUAUUGCUGUGGAUUUUAUGCGCCGCGUCCGGAGAAGAGAUUCGUCAAUUCAGCGUUGAGGGAUGGCUACAGAAGUAUGGCUACCUUCCCCACACAGACCCCAGAAUGGCUAUCCUGCGUUCAGCCCAGACCAUGCAACAAGCCAUUGCAGCCAUGCAGCGCAUCUACGGCCUCAAUGUUACAGGGACACUGGAUGAGAGGACCACAGAUGAUAUCACACUAAGUUGGAUGAAAAGGCCGAGGUGUGGGAAUCCAGACAAACUAAAAGGCAACUCGAGGUCGCGGAAGCGGAGGUAUGCACUGACGGGGCAGAAGUGGCAACGAACACAUAUCACUUACAGCAUAAAGAACGUCACUCCCAAAGUGGGCGCCAGAGAGACCCACGAUGCCAUCCGGCGUGCGUUUGAUGUGUGGCAAGGGGUGACGCCGCUCCGCUUCGAGGCUGUCCCUUACAGUGCCCUGGAGAGCGGCCGGCGGGACGUGGACAUCACCAUCAUCUUCGCCUCAGGUUUCCACGGUGACAGCUCACCCUUCGACGGCGAGGGGGGGUUCCUAGCCCACGCCUACUUCCCGGGCCCUGGGAUUGGAGGGGACACUCACUUCGACUCAGACGAACCCUGGACCUUAGGGAACCCCAACCAUGACGGUAAUGACCUGUUCCUGGUGGCAGUCCAUGAGCUGGGUCAUGCCCUUGGCCUAGAGCACUCCAACGACCCCACAGCCAUCAUGGCUCCCUUCUAUCAGUACAUGGACACAGAGAACUUUAAACUACCUCACGAUGACCUUCAGGGCAUCCAGAAAAUCUAUGGUACUGUGUCUAUCUAUGGUCCGCCAGACAGGUCCUCCCAGCCCACCAGAGUGCCACCCACGGCCCCUCCCCCACGCUUCCACCCCCCCUCGGAACCCCGUAAGCACGACCGCCAGGUCCGGCCCCACCGCCCUCCUCAGGGCGCAAAACCCUCCAACCCCAACGCCAAUCCCAACAUCUGUGACGGAGGCUUCAACACCCUGGCCAUCCUCAGACAGGAGCUGUUCGUAUUCAAGGACCAGUGGUUCUGGAGAGUGAGGGACAACUCGGUGGUCCCUGGCUACCCUAUGGAGAUCAACUUCUUCUGGAGAGGCCUGCCCGCCAAGAUCGACGCCGUCUACGAAAACAGCGAGGGGAAGUUUGUCUUCUUCAAAGGAAACCGGUUCUGGGUGUUCAAGGACACUACUUUGCAGCCCACCUACCCUCAGGACAUCUCUCUGUUUGGGAGUGGGAUGCCCACCCAGAGUAUAGAGACUGCUGUAUGGUGGGAGGACGUAGCCAAGACAUAUUUCUUCAAGGGAGACAGAUAUUGGAGGUAUAAUGAAGACAUGAGAAACAUGGACCCUGGUUACCCCAAACCCAUCACAGUGUGGAAGGGCAUCCCUGACUCUCCUCAGGGAGCGUUUGUGGACAAGGCCAACGGAUUCACCUACUUCUACAAGGGGAAGGAGUAUUGGAAGUUCAACAACCAGCGGUUGCGUGUGGAGCCGGGCUACCCCCGCUCCAUCCUGAGGGACUUCAUGGGCUGUGACGGCCUACCAGCUGACCCCGACUGGGACUGGAGCCCUCCGGAGGUGGAGGAGCGCCACUACGACAGCAGCAGUGGUGACGUGGACAUCAUCAUCAAGCUGGACAGCACGGGGGGCACUGAGAAGGCCGUGGCUAUCGCCAUCCCCUGUAUCCUGGCGCUGUGCAUGAUGGUCCUGCUCUACACCGUGUUCCAGUUCAGGAGGAAGAGCACGCAGAGACACAUACUGUACUGCAAGCGCUCCAUGCAGGAGUGGGUCUGAUCUAAACCAGAGAGGGGACUGGAACUGUAGAAGUGUAUGGAACUCCCACUAGGCACUGUAGGGAAGAGUUAUCAAACUCCUAUUGUUCUGUAGUUGUUGAACUAAGCCCUUCUGUGGAUGGACAGUAUAUACAGUACAGUAGAGGAGUCCUCCUAACAUGGUCAAAACAGUGCUUUGCCCUCUUUGUGACAUGCAAGGUGGAGUGAAGCUAGCCCUCUCAUUCAACACUAUGAGGGACUGUGGCUGCCAAUUCCAACUGAGAGGCAUUUGCUCUAGACUAUCUUUGUGUACACUAGUUAUUGGAGAAAGAGGAAAGUUGUGUGGGACCUAUGUCUAUCUCUGUCUCUGCACGCCCCUAACAAGCCCUUACUAACUACAGUACAGUGGACCAUUUAGUAAUAGGCUACUACUUUUGAUUUUCAUGUCCUAGUAAAGUUCAAGUUGCCCAGACUCUGUGCUUUUUGAUUGAAUUAUCUUUAAAAGAUUAGUACUUGUGAGGUGGACUGUCUGAUACCCAAACCAAAUAUGACCUUUGACCUAUCUUCCUUUCCCAGAAAGGAUUAUGACUCUGGAUUCUUUGUUGGGAUGUUUAAUUCUAAUCCAUGGAUCUAACAUCAUUGUGACAUUCCAUCACACUCACGUUUUCUUUGACUAUGUCUUUUCCAUAUAUGCCUGUGACCAUCUGUCUGGUCUGGUCUGGUGUGCUCUGGUCUGGUCUAGUGUGCUCUGCUCUGGUGUGCUCUGCUCUGGUCUGGUGUGCUCUGGUCUGGUCUGGUGUGCUCUGCUCUGCUCUGGUCUGGUGUGCUCUGCUCUGGUGUGCUCUGGUCUGGUGUGCUCUGCUCUGGUCUGGUGUGCUCUGCUCUGGUGUGCUCUGGUCUGGUAUGCUCUGCUCUCUGUCAAGUUUCACGUUUUAUUUGUCACAUGCACAAGUACAGUGAAAUGCAUAAAUUGCAAGCCCUACCCAACAGUGCAGUAUUUAAUAUCAAAAUACUAUAACUAAUAAAAAAUACAAUAAAUAAAAAAAAUUGAGAAAUAAGAGAGGAAGCUAUAUACAGGGUAAGUGCCAGUACCAAAUUGACAAUGUCUGUGGUCUAAGGGAGGCAGCAGCAGUUAAACAAUUUAGGGGCGCACAAAUACAUUUAAGAGCACACAAAGACAUUUAGGAGCACACAAAGACAUUUAGGAGCACACAAAGACAUUUAGGAGCACACAAAGACAUUUAGGAGCACACAAAAAUAUUUAGGAGCACACAAAGACAUUUAGGAGCACACAAAGACAUUUAGGAGCACACAAAGACAUUUAGGAGCACACAAAGACAUUUAGGAGCACACAAAAAUAUUUGCGGUAACACGCCGUUUUCUUUUUAGUAAUGGUGCAAGCAUGAUGGUCAUGAAUCUGGUCUCAGUGUGUUCUCCAUGGCACUCAGGGCCUGUGGUACAGUGAAGUAAUCAUUGCAACAAUCAUCAUCUGGGUGAUUUGUUUCUAAGUGCACUGGUGCUCCUCAAUUAAAAUUCCAGGUCGCACAGCCAAAUAUUUAGGCGUAUAUGCGAGUAAAAUGGUCGCACUGUAGAGCUCUGUUAUAUCACGUUCCUCUCGACGUGUGUGAAAUGACUCAGUAUGUGAGAUUCCCGGUGAAUGUGAAAACAUGUAUUAGCAUUUUUAGAGAUUGAGUUUGCCACAUUUGUGGUAAAACUUUUUUUUUUUUACUUAAAAAGGAUAUGGUCACUUAUGAAAUCAGGAUGUUGAACUCUAUAUCAACAGCUAUAUCAAUAAUAUAUCUUAACCCUUCAAAAUCAUUAUCAAACCAUAAGACUAAUGUGUAAUAACAUGUUAUAACUAUCUUAUAACAACCUCAGUUAAUUUCUCAUUGUUGUUCUCCAUGGAUUGUUUAAAAGGGUCAUAACGAAUUGCUAUUCAUGAACUAAAGUACUGAUGGUAAUUGUAGUUUUGUUUUUGAUUUACAUGGCAGAGACAUAAUUUUUUUCUAAACCAUGUUAAAUGUUCUGCUCCCCAGUCCUCUCAUCAUUUGCAGGACAUUAAAUAUUAUGUUCACAUUGGCAGAGAGGUUCUAAAGAGAUAUCUUUACUUUCUUCAAACAUGCAGUUUCUGUUGUUAUUGCAUUCUCAUAUGAUUUCAGCUGGAAGAAGAAAGCUUGCCUGCCUUCCAUGUUGUCCUACAUGUCUUAAUGGUAUGUGUGCUUGUGGUGAGGGUCUGAAAGACAGGUCUGAAAGCAUGGCAGGGUUGGGGUCAAGUCCAUGUCAAUUCCUGAAGUAUGCUGAAAUUUAAAUUCCAAUUUUCAUCAACGAGAAUUUGGAAGUCAGUGUACUUCCUGAAUGGACGAAUUAAAUUGAAAUAGAACCCAACUCUGAAGCAGAGCCAGGCUAGUUCAGUCAAUACUGUAUUUAUUGGUGUAUUUAUUCCUCUGUGCUCAUCAGCACCUUAAUCUCGUUGCAUUGUUCUGAGGGCAAGAUAAAGUCUGUCAAUAAAAUGGAUUUUAAAAAGCA